AUGGAGGGUGGAAUUACAUUUAAGGCCAAGGCUUACGAUUGGGACUACCUUUCUAACGACCUCGUAGACAGGUACAGAGUGGAAUACAGCAAAGCAGCAGCCAGAUCGUCAAGUGAGGCAUCUUGGAGCCCUACAAUUACGUCCAACGGUGAGGUUGGUUCAUGGAUAACCUUUAAGUUUAAAGUGUAUUGUCAGAACAACUAUUAUGGAGCCUCGUGUAAUACACACUGCGUGCCCAAGAAUAGUAACCAGAACGGCCACUAUGAAUGUAACCCUGACACCGGAAGUAAAGUCUGCCAUACCGGAUGGACAUCCCCUAGUACAUCCUGUAAGACGAAUAUUGAUGACUGUGCUGGAGAUCCUUGUCAAAAUGACGGCGUUUGCACAGACGUUGUCAAUGGUUACGUAUGUACCUGCGUGGCUGGAUAUGAAGGUGCACAGUGCCAGAUAGACACUGACGAAUGUGAACCAGAGCCCUGUUUUAAUGGCGGUGUGUGCAUAGACCAAGUGAAUGGUUUUGAAUGCAACUGUCCCGAUGGUUUGUCCGGAUCGCAAUGUCAGACUAACUAUGAUGAGUGUGGAAGCAACCCCUGCCAGAAUGGCGGUGUCUGCAUCGACAGUGUUAACUCGUACGUGUGCCAGUGUGUAGACGGAUAUGAAGGUGAUGAUUGUGACAUCGACGUGGACGAAUGUGAAGAUGACCCCUGCCUGAAUGGUCAGUGUGAGCACCGUGUGAACAGCUACACGUGUACGUGCGAUGAAGGAUAUGAAGGCGUUGACUGCGAUGUGAAUAUUGACGAUUGCGUUGAUGCAGAUUGCCAAAAUGGUGGCGUGUGUCAAGAUGGUAUUGCUGAGUACACAUGUCUCUGUGCAGCUGGCUAUGAGGGCGUACACUGCGAAGUUGACAUUGAUGAGUGCGCCGAGGUGCCGUGCCAAAAUGGCGGAACGUGUACUGAUGGAUUGCUUAGUUAUGACUGCGCAUGCGUGCUUGGUUAUGAGGGCAUCAACUGUGAACGAGAGAUUGACGAAUGCCAUACUCACCCAUGUCAAAAUGGCGGAAUCUGUGCAGAUGCUUUCAACGGCUACUACUGCUCUUGUAUGCUCGGUUUCCAAGGUUACGACUGUGAGGUCGAGAUUGACGAGUGUGAACUUGGGCCAUGUCAGAAUGGAGGGACAUGUAACGAUUUGAUUGGUGGAUUCACAUGCGACUGCCCCAUUGGGUUUUGCGGAAUGAUCUGCGAAGUUGACCUCGACGAGUGUGCCAGCAUUCCAUGUCAAAAUGGCGGAACUUGCAUCGACGGUGUCAAUAGCUAUGAGUGUGCAUGCGCAGAAGGGUCAGAAGGUGGCGCUAUUGGUGGGACCUCAGCCGUUGCCGCAUUUGGUACAAUUGCAACCGUUGUCGUUAAGAAAUUGGGCUUUUCGGCCUUCAGUAAAAUAUCACCAGCCUAG